AUGACGGGAAACAGAAGAUAUGCUGAGGGGAAGCUGACUGUUGCGAUGGAGACCAGUUCAUUGUGGACUCCCUUUCAGUUGUACCCUGCAGAAGAAAAAGCGUUUUUAGGACAAGGUGAUGGAUUGUUGUUUUUGUUCAGAGUUCGUUGUGUAAAUCACAUGGUUCAUGCUGUAUCAUUAUCACCUGGAGGGGAAUGUGACCACCUGAGCUGGAUCUAUAAAAGGAGGAGAAGAAAAUAUUUAACUCACCUCCUCCAGAAGAAGAAGACCAGAGAGCAGAGGAAUCUUCUUUGUUGUCGGGAAGAUGUUUGUCAUCUUGAUUUGCAUCUUGACACUCCAAGAUGUGCACACUGCUUGUGUUUUGAUGUUUGCCCGGAGAACACAAUCGUGCAGGCCGAGAUCGUAAAUGUUCACAAUGCCUUCAGGAGAGCAGUUGAGCCUGCUGCUGCUGACAUGCUGAUGAUGACUUACAGUUUGGAGUUAGCAGCCAGCGCUCAGGCUUGGGUGGAUAAAUGUACUCUCAGUCAUGGACCGGCCAGCACCCGUCUGCUUGAUGGAUAUGAAUUAGGUGAGAAUCUCUUCUCUUCUUCCUCCCCAUACUCGUGGACCACUGUUGUUACGACCUGGCAUAAUGAGAAGUCACGCUAUCUUUACCCCAAUGGAUCCACCAAUGGAAAACCCAUCGGUCACUACACACAGGUUGUGUGGAACAGCUCCUACAAAGUGGGCUGUGGACUUGCUCUAUGUCCCAACAAUAUCUACUACUACGGCUGCCAUUAUUUCAGAGCUGGAAACUUUAAGCACUGGCCUCCCUACAAGGUUGGAACCUCAUGUGCUUCCUGCCCAAACAACUGUGUGGACAAACUCUGCUUCAAUCCAUGUCCUUAUGUAAACACCUUCAUCAACUGUCCCAGACUGAAAGACGUCAAAGGAUGCAGCAACCCGCUGGUGUUUGCCAGGUGUCCUGCUUCAUGCAAAUGUACCACUGAGAUUGUUCCAAUAUAUUAGACUGAACAGCAAGAAUACUUAAAUUUCACGUGUUCUUUAUCUGUACUGAAAAUAACGCUGGCAUCUGCAAAAUACAAAACAGGCAAUUUAUAGUUGGAAUAUUUUUGGGUGUAGCUUGUCUUAAUCGAAUGGGUCCAUUUCUGUAGGUACAUUAUUAAAAAAAAGUUAACUCAUUUUAACAUAGAAUUUUUCAAACGUGGCAUGUAGCACUUCAUUAAGUGAAAGAUUAUGCAACUGUA